UUACACGUGGGUUAGCGGUACCGAAGACCAUGAAGCUACUGACGCAUAAUAUGUUGCGAAGCCACGUUUCCGGGGUGACCCGGGGCUUCCCGCUACUCAUCCGGGCAGAGGAGGUCAAGCUUAGUGCUGUUGAUUUCAAUCAGGAUUUUGUGACUCGUAUGAUUCCUAAACUGGAGUGGGGCGCUCUUGUGGAAGCCGCAGAGAGUCUUGGGCAUGGCUCAGAUCUACCCCGAGAGUUGGAGACAGGAUACGAAAAGAAUGAAGAUUUCUUGAAGAAAGUUCACCACGUAUUAUUGGAGGUUGAGGUCAUUGAAGGUGCAUUGAAAUGUCCAGAAUCCGGCACAGAAUUUCCUAUCACCAGAGGAAUCCCCAAUAUGUUAAUUAAUGAAGAAGAGUCCUAAUAAGCACAAUGUUUCCACUUAUGUAAAUAUAUAACCCAGCUGUUAUUUUGUGUGUGGUUUCAAUAAAUGUUCUGUUUGAUUA